CCAACGUGAUGCGCCGGCGCAAUGGGCGGGAAAUGAAAAUAGCCAAUACUUGUGUUUCAUUCAUCGGCUUGAUAUAACUUUAACAUUCAAUAUGUUUUAAAUAAUAGUUGUAUAAUAAAAAAAAUAGCGAAUUAUCGAUACAAUAAAGAGCAGUAAAAUAAACACCAACCCGUCAACAGCAGUGCUACAAUGUAAAGUGUUUCUCAGUUAUUUGUGUGUUGCUAGAAUGUGAACGGGUCUAGGAAUAAAUCGAUGUCUACUGAUAUCAAGUGAUUUUGAUGCGAUACCAUUUGGAUAUAUGCCAUUACAGCGUUAUCGGUUUACAUUCAAACAUUUAAAAUGUUAUUAACUAUACCAGGUAGUCGCGUAUUAUAAAAUGCAUUCCUUUAAAGUACUUCCAAUCGGCGAGUGAGACUACACGUGCGUUUAUUUUCAUCUAAAUAUAGAGUACACUUAAACCGACAUCUGCAAUUUUACGAUGACUUCCCAGAGAGAAAACAAUGACGUCAUUGAGGUCAGCCGAGUGGAUGAUGAGAAAAACGAUAUACAGACACGGAAGGAGCAAAAAGAAAUAACCGAUCUCCCUCCAAGUGGUACUUCUCUACACAAAAGACGGAGAGGAGAACCACCGGCUUCCUUAUCUGUGAGAUCUCUUCAGACACCGUCAGAUGCCGAGGGCUCAUCUCCGUGCACGGCAGGUCUAUCGCCAGAGGAAUCUUGGGGCGUAGACGGUGAUAUAACAGAUCCCGAAGCCUUAUGUGAUAGUAUGCUUCAAAGAUUAAAAGACCGUGACGACCCUCUAUCCAAACGUGCAACAGAAUUAGCCUCAAGAACCAAGGAUACUUUAGAAUCUUUAGACCAGCUAGAGAAACUAUUAGAGCUUCUAGACCAAUUCGUUGCGUUGAAAGAGAAGAAUAAUAAAAUCUUGAAAAGAUUAAAAGAUGUUAACCAUUUAAAACGUCUUCAUAGCAUGUAUAAGAAGAUAGAGAUGGAGAACGAAAUGUUAAAAGAUGAAAGCAAAGAAAUUGAGCUCAUAAAUGAGGCCUUGGAUGCAGAACUAGAAUGUGAGUAUGGACAAGCACUAUUUGACUCUGUGAUGUCAGGGAGUCGGAGUAUGAAAAGAUCUGGGUCCAGAUGGAAGACUCAUUCCAGGUUCGGCGGAUCGUUGUUAAGGAAACAAAGGUCCAGAUCGGCCGGUGGAGAUGACAGUGAUGCGUCACCAGGCACUCUUAUAAGAAGGAGGUCUGACGGAGUAUUUUCCAAGGAAGUUGAUAAGUCAAAAGUUUCCAACUGGACAAGAGUCAAAGCUGCUUUCAAAUGGGAGAAAGCCCACUGGCCAUCUGCGACCAUCGGCGGUGCAGCGGCCGUGGCGGCGGGCGCCAUGGCCACCGUUGCCUUGGUGGGCUCCACACCCGGAACACCAGGCCCGCUAGCCCAGGGACCAGGGGCCCUGCCCAACCCUGAGCCAAGGGACUCCGCCAGCUUAACACCAGGCAGCAUGCACUCACUAUCUUCUAACUCAUCUUGUGAGGAAUUGCGGAUUGAAUCUGGGAUGUGCCGAAGAAGUGGCAUGCGUAGUGAUGAUCAAGAUACUUGUUUCCUACAAGCUCCAAUGCAGGAUGAUAGCUCAACUUCACCAUCACCGAACAAGCUCCACAAAAGCCCGUGGGUCAAGAUGCGUGACAUUAUCCAAACCCACCGAGAGUCAGUCAAGAAGAAGACAAGGCCCCCCAAGGGGUCUCCAGAUGCUAUACCAGCUAGGAGGAGAUCCUUGAGCGACGGGGGUGACAGUGACGCUCCGCCGGCGCUGACGCUGACAAUACCCUCGUCGGAGGAGCUGGAAUCCGAGGGAUCACACCCAGUUCUUCGCAAGCAACGUUCCUUGGAGCUUGGAGCCAGGCCGCCUCAGCAUCGCCAGCCGCGUGACUCAAAGUGGUCGAGGGUGAAACGAGCUUUCCUAACCUCAGCGUCCGCGUCUGUUCCAUCCAGCCCCAACCGGCACUCGGCCUUCUUUACUGAUGCAGACACAGAAGGCGUAAGCAGUGGCUGCGAAGCCAGUGCGGUCAGAGAAGAAAUAGCAAGAGACUAUGCGGCACUACAAACCCGCCUGGGUAGGGAGAUCUCAGAUAGGAGGGGUAAACUUGGCUAUGCGGCAUCUCGCCCUGUAGCAACGGAAGAACAACUGUCAGCAGACUUUAGAAAAAAGCUUACAGAAUGGCAAAGAAUGAAGGGUGUGAAACAGCCACCGCCAGUACCUGCGAGGAAAGACCUCAGCGAUGACUUCCUUAAGAAAUGGGAUGAAUGGAAACGAAUGAAAGAAACGAAUUCAGUUCCAGCUUGGGAAGAGGAGGCAAAACCAGAUGAAGUAUUAGUACGAACAUCAACUGGGCUUUUCAAAUUCCAUGGUAUAUCCCGCUCCUUCACCCGCAAGCUCCACGAAUGGGAAAAGUCCAGAGGCAUAGCCCCUGAAGCCUCUACAUCUGCCCUCCUGAACGCUGCUAGGGCGAAGGUCAAGACACCGUCUUCCCAACUUACGCGUACGCAGUCUGAUGGUAGUGUGGCCCCAUCUGCAGGCUCCGGCCGCAGACAUGCUUCGAGUCUAAGUGUCAAUGAUGUGGAUGAUUUUGAAUCUGAGUACGAGAGAGAGCAUUCGUUGGAUGGCGCUGAUGAAUGUGAUACCAGGAACAACCGCGCGGCUGUUCUCGUAGAAGUCGAAGCAGAAGAGAUCUGCACAGCAGCUCCACUUGUAGCAGUUUCACCUCGACAUACACCUCAGAAGCCAGUCUAUACAUAUGGGCAAGCUGAAGCGAGGCAUUUGUGUGAGACCACCUCUGCGAUUACUGGAACUGCUGUUUUGCAGCCGAAUGGUGCAGUCAUUCUAUCGGAUUCCCGAAGCGUGAUGUCCAAAGAACAAACAACAAUCAAAACAAUGAUGUCUCGUAAACAGGUUAACAACAAUUUACAAACAAUGACAGAAGUCCAAGGCAGAAGUUCUAGAUCUAAAAUGAGUAGACAGGCAAGCAUAGAAGAAGAUGCUAAGUUUAUCAGAAAAACUAUCGAAGAAAUCGAAAGAGGAAGUUCCAGUCGUUUUAAAGAAGACAACAGCUUAGAUUUUCAAAUGCAAGAAGUCGUACAUGAAAAUCCAGCCCCUUCAACUAGCAAAAGCUCCAGUUUGAAAAGUUUAAGACAAAUUGAUAAUUUGAAAGAUACAAAAAAUGGCAAAGACAGUUAUGAUGAUCCAAAAGAAGAUAAACGCAAAGACUUCGAUAAAAAUAACUGUAAAAAGAAGUCUAAAUCUCGAGCUAGGCUAGAAAGGGAGCAAUCCAAACCAUCUGAGAGCGAUAGUGACCCAGAUGUUGAUACAGUAACAGUUGAAAUACCGAGAAGACGUAAGCGACCACGUAGGCCUUCGGAGAGGCCUAGAACUCCUCCCACAUCACUACAUUCGGAUUCUGAUGGAGAAGUAUUUGUUCUUAGACUUAAAGCACCUCAUCAAAGAGAUGUUUCUCCUGAAGUAAUAGUAAAAACGACUAGAAAAAUCUUCUCACCUGUGGUACGAAGCGGAGAAUCCAUCCCUAGAGCUGUGAUACCAGUUAACGUCGAAGAUCUGGAUGACGUCAGACCAGUCCCACUCAGUCGCAAAUCCGAGAGCAGACUAAUAGAAGCGCAACCAAAACAAGAAUUGGACAAGUCUAAGAGUGCAGGAGAUAUUCUGGAAGAUAGCCUAAAGUCUAGGAGGCCCCCAUUGCCAUUAUCACCACCAUCACAAAGAAAACCUCCGCUAAAAGAAGCAUCACCAUCAAUUCGUAUUAUGAUACAGCGAUACAACCAGAAGAUUAAUGAAGAAGGUCCAGGAUCUGGAGGCAGUAGUGGUGCUUCUUCACCAGCGUGGCGAUCGCCCAAAUCGGAACGGAGGCGACCGGCCGACAUGCCUGUUAGUGUUAAUAUUAGAAACAACCCGUUCCUGGAGAGGGAAGUUCAGAAAUCAGCAAGUGCUUGUCAGCUUUCCCGUCGAGAUCAGACAUCUGUUGAAAAGCACCUUGUGCCAACACCAGUAGCAUACGACGGUGUUUUGAAGUCCCAUAGCGCUAACGCUUUGCACCCUGAACAAAAUGCUGAACCGAUACCACCGCAGAUUGAGGAUAGCCAGGAAACAAUUCGGACUAUCACAGCAAGCACGGAUACCAUUGUACCAAAUAUACCAAAAGAUUUACCAGAUAAGGAAAGGGAGAAAUCACCCGUCUUAUUACCAGUAUUGAGGCAACAAUCUGAGAUAUUAAUACCUACUGUAUCCAGGUUUAUGCCACAGAACCCUGGUAAUUUUGAUAGGUCAAUGUCCUCAGUUGAAAGCCCAACUUUGUUUAAAGAGGCAGAAGCUAUGACCACUAGGCUUUCAGAGAGAGCCGCCCGGAUAAGAGCGGCUAGAGAUAAGUUUCUAUCGUCAUCAGCAGCUGUUCCUAUGAGACGUGAGGGGACAAGUUCCGCCAGCGAUCUGAGACCAGCAGAUCGAUCGAGCCGCAUCAGCUGCGAUAGCGACGUCAUUGAAAAUCAAGAUGCGGCUCAAGAAGCGGUACUCGGAAGAAGCGCAUCGACUGGCAUGGUCAAUGUGGACAGAGAUGCUUGGCAGAGGGUCGCUGAAGGUUCUCAUCGAGACCGACCUCGCUCCAGGUUCAGUUUGGCGCGGCUGGCUGCCAAGCUGCGGCGGAAGGAAGAGAGCGCGGUUUCCCGCCUUUGUAGACAGAGCCUUUUUGUGCAGUUGCGGAAACAGUGAAUAAAUGUAGUCAAAUAUUCUGUUUUA